UGCUGCUGCUGGGCACUGGGGAGAGUGGGAAAAGCACAUUCAUUAAGCAAAUGCGUAUAAUUCAUGGCUCAGGCUACUCUGAAGAGGACAAAAAAGGCUUCACCAAGCUGGUGUACCAAAACAUCUUCACUGCCAUGCAGUCUAUGAUCAGGGCAAUGGAAACCCUGAAGAUUCUGUACAAAUAUGAACAGAACAAGGCCAAUGCAGUGCUGAUCCGGGAAGUGGAUGUAGAGAAGGUUAUGACAUUUGAGCAGCCAUAUGUAAGUGCAAUUAAAACACUGUGGAACGACCCUGGAAUACAAGAGUGUUAUGACAGGAGAAGAGAAUAUCAGCUUUCUGACUCAGCUAAAUACUACCUUAGCGACGUGGAUCGUAUCGCUACCCCAGGAUAUCUACCAACUCAGCAAGAUGUGCUACGGGUUAGAGUUCCUACAACUGGUAUCAUAGAGUACCCCUUUGACCUAGAGAAUAUUAUCUUCAGAAUGGUGGAUGUUGGAGGUCAAAGAUCAGAACGAAGGAAGUGGAUCCAUUGCUUUGAAAAUGUGACCUCCAUCAUGUUUUUAGUAGCACUUAGUGAAUACGACCAAGUUCUGGUGGAAUCUGAUAACGAGAACCGGAUGGAGGAGAGUAAAGCUCUCUUUCGGACCAUUAUCACUUAUCCAUGGUUCCAAAACUCUUCUGUUAUCCUCUUUCUCAACAAGAAAGAUCUGUUGGAAGACAAGAUCCUCUAUUCCCAUCUUGUUGACUAUUUCCCGGAGUUUGAUGGCCCACAGAGGGAUGCACAGGCAGCCCGUGAGUUCAUUCUCAAGAUGUUUGUGGAUUUAAAUCCAGACAGCGACAAAAUCAUCUAUUCCCACUUCACAUGUGCCACAGACACAGAAAACAUCCGUUUCGUCUUUGCAGCUGUCAAGGACACCAUCCUACAGCUCAACCUGAAGGAGUACAACCUGGUUUGACCUGCUCUGCUCUUGGCCCCUUGAGUAGCUUCAUUGUGAAGAAAAGAGAAAAAAAAAAAAGAAAUUUUAAAUAUGACAGGAAAAAAAGUUUUAAUUUUUGAUGAUGUAAUGAUUGCAAAUUGUCUGAUCUGUGGAGUGGCAAGUGCUCAGUGUUAUCCUGGAGUCUCAUGUCUCUGUCCACAGAGUAGUUGAUUUCGUAUUUUUAACAAAUUGCUUUUAUUUCACAGUUAACGGGGAUAUGCCUCAUGUCUUCAGCACCUUGCUUACUUCUUAAUUUUUGCCAAAUAGCUAAGGCAGUCUCAUCUUUAGCUUUCCUUUGUUGCUUAGCCACUUUUUUCCCCCCCUUUUCAUUCCCAUGGUAUAUAUAGAAAAAAAUAACUUUCCAGCUGAGAUUGUGAAUUCACUGGACUGUGGGAGUGCAGAAUGCUACUGGUCCCUUUGCCGUGUGCUGUGGGGGUGCCUCUGGUGUAAUUUGCUAACCCUGCUUGCUUUUUAUUUCCCCCCUGCCCACCCCCUGCUUUCCCUUCCCCAGGACAUGCUCCAUGGUUCACUGUGAUGAAAUGUUGGGGAGGAGCAAUUGCUUUCCAACUGUUGUGCAAAAAAAAAAAAAAGGAAAAAGGCAAAACAAAACAAAAAA